CAAUUGUGUUCGAGUUUUAGUUUUAUAUUUGCUUCUGGUUUUACCCAUACUGUCAAUGGCAAAUUUUGUUAAAUUACAAACCUUUGGCCAGCAACUAUUUAACAGAUUAUCCAUAUCGCAACCUAAGCAAAAUCAGUUAUUAUCGGCUUUCCCUUUAGCAACACUUUUAAUUUUAUUAAGCAUGAAUGCUGAAAAUGAUACUGCUCUCGAAAUCGAAGACAAUUUCGAUUUGAAUGAAAAACCUACCUAUGACAUUGCAGUGAAUUAUUUGGCUCUUUGGGACAGGUUCGAUCAAAAUCAGUUGGUCAAAAUGUUAAAUCAUAUUGCAAUAGAGAUAAAUAAUGAAAUCGUUAAAGACAUUUAUCUGGAUGUACAAGAUACUAUUCAAGCCUGGUUAUAUAGUGAUAUCUGUAAAGAAUCUUACUAUUUAACGACAGGUUCGAUCAAAAUCAGUUGGUCAAAAUGUUAAAUCAUAUUGCAAUAGAGAUAAAUAAUGAAAUCGUUAAAGACAUUUAUCUGGAUGUACAAGAUACUAUUCAAGCCUGGUUAUAUAGUGAUAUCUGUAAAGAAUCUUACUAUUUAACGACAGUUGGCCAAGAAGUACAAUUAGUGUUGUCCACUGAGAUUCAUUUUCAGAACAUAUUUCGAUACAAUAUCUAUUACACUCUAAAAAGGCCUUUUUAUGCAAGUGAAUUCGAGAUAAUUGAGGUGGAUAUGUUAAACCAUAUAGCAAAUAUAUAUUGUGGAGAAAUUCCUCAAUUAAAUGCUAAAGCCUUUAAGGUACCUUACAGUGAUGGAGAUACUUCCUUAGUGAUUUUAUUGCCCAAUUCACUUCGAGGUAUAAAGGAUCUGGAAAACAAUUUAAAAUCAUUUUCUCUCAGCAGUAUUGAUUCGUAUUUGAGCAGGGAUUGGGUGGUACUUCUAUUCCCAAAAUUAGAAAUUGUAGUGGAAAGAUCUCUGACAGAUGAAUUGAAAAAUUUGGGCAUGUCCAGCAUGUUUCAACGUCUGUGCGACACUUCGGAUGUAAUAAAAGUUGCGGACGUAAUUUUUAGAGCUUCAUUUUACAUCAACGAAACUAAUUCUGGACUUGAUCCCGAAGAUCCAGAUAUGAACGAGCUUUCGAAAUUCCUUAAAUUUGAAGUAAAUCAUCCCUUUAUUUUUUUCAUACAAUCAUCAAUGAAUGAAAUAUAUUUAAUUGGUAAAUUUAUGAAAUAAACAGCUGGAAAAAA